AAACUUGAAACAACGAGUUUUGACAACGCAAAAUAAAUUGUAGAAAAAACGGUGAGAGAAGAAAAAGGGAGGAACAAGCACAACGGGGAGAGAAAGAGAGAGAGAGAGAGAGUGGUUCUUCUCACUCUCGCAUUCCAUAGAUCAGAUCCAAACAUUCACAAUUCCUAGAUCUAUUUCCGCUCUCCACCCGCACUCUGAAAUUUCUGAUUCGUGAUUUCAAUUCCGUGUUUUCGCUGCAAUUAGGUUUUCGGAGAUCGAAUGGCGUGCAUAAAAGGGGUGAAUCGAUCGGCGUCGGUAGCGCUGGCGCCCGACGCGCCGUACCUUGCUGCCGGGACCAUGGCUGGCGCCGUUGAUCUGUCAUUUAGCUCGUCCGCAAAUCUCGAGAUAUUCAAGCUCGAUUUUCAGUCCGACGAUUCGGAACUGCCUGUCGUCGCCGAGUGCCCGAGCUCCGACCGCUUCAACCGUCUCACGUGGGGGAAGAACGGUUCUGGCUCCGAAGGAUUCUCCCUUGGCCUCGUCGCUGGUGGGUUGGUGGAUGGCAACAUUGACAUCUGGAAUCCUCUCACUCUGAUCCGCUCGGAGUCAAAUCAAAGUUCUCUUGUUGGACACCUUGUAAGACAUAAAGGACCUGUUCGUGGUCUUGAGUUUAAUGUCAUUGCACCAAAUCUUCUUGCAUCCGGAGCUGAGGAUGGUGAAAUUUGCAUAUGGGAUUUGGUCAAUCCUUCUGAGCCUACUCAUUUUCCACCACUAAAGAGUACUGGCUCUGCUUCCCAGGGAGAAAUUUCAUUCUUAUCUUGGAACAGUAAAGUCCAGCACAUAUUAGCAUCUACUUCAUAUAAUGGGACCACAGUGGUCUGGGACCUGAAGAAGCAAAAGCCAGUGAUAAGCUUUGCAGAUUCGGUUAGAAGGAGAUGCUCUGUUUUGCAGUGGAAUCCUGAUGUUGCCACACAACUUGUCGUUGCAUCAGAUGAAGAUGGCUCUCCUUCCUUGAGGCUUUGGGAUAUGAGGAAUAUAAUUUCACCAAUAAAGGAGUUUGCGGGACACACUAGAGGUGUGAUUGCAAUGUCGUGGUGUCCCAAUGAUAGCUCUUAUUUGCUUACCUGUGGUAAAGAUAGCCGAACUAUAUGCUGGGACAUGAUUUCUGGAGAGAUAGCCUACGAAUUGCCAGCUGGGACAAACUGGAAUUUUGAUGUGCAUUGGUAUCCUAAGAUACCUGGAGUAAUAUCAGCAUCUUCCUUUGAUGGAAAAAUUGGUAUAUACAAUAUUAAGGGUUGCCGUCAAAGUGGUGCUGCGGAAAAUGAUUUUGGUGCAGUACCACUGAGAGCACCAAAAUGGUACAAGCGUCCUGCUGGCGUGUCUUUUGGUUUUGGAGGCAAACUUGUGUCUUUUCAUCCUAGGGCAUCUGCGACAGGUUCUUCUGCUGGUGCUUCAGAGGUUUACGUGCAUAAUUUGGUCACUGAAAAUGGUCUAGUGAGUCGGUCUUCUGAAUUUGAAGCUGCCAUACAAAAUGGUGAAAGGUCUUUGUUGAGGGUUUUAUGUGAUAAAAAAUCACAGGAAUCAGAAUCUGAGGAGGAAAGAGAAACAUGGGGCUUUUUAAAAGUUAUGUUUGAAGAUGAUGGGACUGCACGGACAAAACUCCUCUCACAUCUUGGCUUCAAUGUACCCAGUGAAGCAAAAGACACAGUUAAUGAUGAUCUUUCCCAAGAAGUAAAUGCACUUGGACUGGAGGACACAACUGUUGACAAUGCUGGACAUGUGGCUACUAAUGAAUCGGUUAAUUUCUCGACUGAUAAUGGAGAGGAUUUCUUUAACAAUCUUCCCAGUCCAAAAGCUGAUACCCCUUUAUCUACGUCUGCUGGUACCUUUGUUGUUGCUGAAAAUGCCAACGGUUCCGAGAAAAUUCAAGAUGAUGCAGAAAUGGAAGAAAGCAGUGACCCUUCAUUUGAUGACAGUGUUCAGCAUGCUUUAGUUGUUGGGGACUACAAGGGGGCAGUUAUGCAAUGCAUUUCUGCAAAUAAAUGGGCAGAUGCAUUAGUUAUUGCUCAUGUUGGGAAUGCUUCCUUGUGGGAAAGUACACGUGAUCAGUACCUUAAAAUGGUCCGGUCACCAUACUUGAAGAUUGUAUCAGCAAUGGUCAGCAAUGAUCUAUUGAGCUUAGUGAACACUAGGCCCCUGAAAUUCUGGAAAGAAACCCUUGCUCUUCUUUGUAGUUUUGCUCAGAGAGAUGAAUGGACCAUGCUUUGUGACACACUUGCAUCGAAGCUCAUGGGGGCUGGCAAUACAUUAGCUGCAACCCUGUGUUAUAUAUGUGCUGGGAAUAUUGAUAAAACUGUUGAAAUUUGGUCAAGGAGCCUAUCUAAUGAGUACGAGGGGAAAUCUUAUGUUGACCUUCUUCAGGAUUUAAUGGAAAAGACUAUUGUGCUCGCCUUGGCAACUGGGCAGAAGCGGUUUAGUGCUUCUCUGUGCAAGCUUGUUGAGAAAUAUGCUGAAAUUUUAGCUAGUCAAGGGCUAUUGACUACAGCAAUGGAGUAUUUAAAACUUUUGGGUUCUGAAGAACUAUCGCCUGAACUUACGAUUUUGAAAGAUCGAAUUGCACUUUCUACAGAACCUGAGAAAGAGUUCAAAACCGCUGCUUUUGAAAAUACUCAAGCACAUGGUGCGUCCUAUUACGGUGCCGAUAAUUCCAGUUAUAAUAGAAAUUAUUAUCAGGAAUCAGUACCCACUCAAGUGCAGCAUGGUGUUCCUGGAAUUCAAUAUCCUGAUAGCUAUCAACAGCCGUUUGAUCCUAGAUACGGAAGAGGUUAUGGUACUUCUACUCCACCCCAGCAACCUCAGCAGCCUAAUUUGUUUGUUCCACCGCAGACCACUCAAGUUGCACAAACUCCCCAGCUGAAUUUCUCAAAUACUGCUGUUGCACCACCUCCUUUGAGAACUUUCGAUCCUCAAACUCCUCCCGUGCUUAGAAAUGUGGAGCAGUAUCAGCAGCCCACAUUGGGUUCUCAGUUGUAUAAUACAACCACCAAUCCACCUUACCAGCCUACACCCUCUGCUACAUCACAAGUGGGCUUGGUUCAUGGCCACAACCUGUCACAAGUUGCGGCCCCUACCCCAAAUCCGAUGGGAUUCAUGCCAGUCCCCAGUUCUGGUGGUGUCCAAAGACCUGGGGUGGGAUCAAUACAACCACCCAGUCCCCCUCAAGUGCAACCUGUGCAACCAGCUGCUGCACCACCCGCCCCACCUCCAACUCUGCAGACUGCUGAUACUUCAAAAGUUCCUGGGCAUCAAAUGCCUAUUGUCACAACAUUGACAAGACUCUUCAACGAGACAUCAGAUGCCCUGGGAGGUUCCCGUGCAAACCCAGCAAAGAAGCGGGAGAUAGAAGACAACUCGAAGAGACUUGGUGGGUUGUUUGCCAAGUUGAAUAGUGGAGACAUUUCCAAAAAUGCUUCUGAUAAGCUCCUUCAGCUUUGUCAGUCAUUAGACAAUGGUGAUUUUGGUACAGCCUUACAAAUUCAGGUUCUUCUCACUACUACCGAGUGGGAUGAAUGCCAGUCCUGGUUAGGUUCACUCAAGCGGAUGAUCAAGACAAGGCAGAGCGUGAGACUAAGUUAAACAAGUUACAGAUUUCAUUUUACUGAUUUUGGAAAAUUUUCGUGUGAUUAGCGUCUUGCAGCAGUGAUUGCUUAUCCUCUCAUCUAUGUACACAGACUACUGCCAUCACUAGAUUUCAGGUGCAGGGUUUUGAUUCUAUGUGCUUCUACAAUUUCUUGCUGUGUCUGCAGCUUUCACAUCGACUGUUAUUAAAAGCUGUUACUGAAGAUAGUUUUCAGGAAAUGAUCAGAAAAUUUAGCAGAUUGUUUUUCAAUCGAUAUUUGUAAUAUGAAGAACAGUGUUUUUUCUGUUUAUUUGACCUAAACUUCCAGAUGGUUUUUUCCUCUCACCCCUCUGGUACCGUUGACGCUCCAAGCUCCAGUUUUAGAUCGAUGUUUCCUUUUUCUUUUUAAAGAAAUAUUUUGUAUCACUCUAGUCAUAUAAGUAUUGAUUGAUCGUCAAACAGGUGAAUAAUGUAGCAUCAUGUUUAUUUAAUCAUCCAUCAUUUAAUUUCUCA